UUUGCCCUAGUGUUGCGGCGCAGGGUGUGUGCGGAAGCAAAGAGGGAAGUCGGGCUGUAGUCGUCUUUGCCAUGCCGCAGGGGGUUUCGCGGGCAGCGGCAGCUCGCGGCUGAGGGUCGCGCUGGGUGUCCAGGAGGGACAAUGUAUCUCCUGUUGGCGUUCCUCAGCCUGAUCCCGCGGGCGGCUGGCCUGGGGGAGCUGAAAGCUUUUGUGGUCGCUCACAGCCACAUGGACGUUGGCUGGGUGUACACGGUGCAGGAAAGCAUGCAUGCCUAUGCAGCCAACGUUUACACCACUGUUGUAGAAGAACUAAUCAAAGGAAAGCAACGCAAAUUUAUUGCUGUGGAGCAGGAAUUCUUUCGCCUCUGGUGGGAUACUGUAGCCACUGAUGUGCAUAAACAGCAGGUACAUCAGUUACUUCAAGAAGGGCGACUAGAAUUCAUAAUUGGAGGUCAAGUGAUGCAUGAUGAAGCUGUGACACAAAUUGAUGACCAAAUUUUACAGUUAACAGACUUCAGAUGAAGAUAUACAUUUGAAAUUUAUUAAACAAAUACAUACAAAAUAAGUGGACUUCUUUGCCAUAAUCUGGAUCUCCAUCAUGACAGAGACAGGAGAAUUGCAUCUAUACUUCCUGCAUCUUUAUGACUGAACUAGAGCACAUAUUUCAGAAAGAUCACUUUUGUCCAGCUUGUCCUUGACUGUCUUCCCAUGAAUAGGGCCAUGGAUUUUUGUAUGAAACCUUUGGGAUAAGGCCUCAGUUUUCUUGGCAUGUCGAUCCCUUUGGAGCUUCAGCUACAACACC